AUGGCGUUUACCUGCAACAACUCAACACCAGCAAUCCUCAUGGUCCACGGGUUCUGUGGCACCUCCCCCGCCCCUCCUCCUCCUGCGCCUAUUGCAGCUCCUUCAUAUCAUCCUAAUACGUACGGAUCUAUCUCCAAUAUACCACCUGGCGCAGGUGGGUCACCCGUGUUUGGUGCUCCCGGCGGCCUGAAUACAACGUCAUGGGGAGUGAAAUAUAAGCAUCAGAUUCUGGCGCCUCCGCCGCUGCCUUUAUACGGGGACGACCUCAUGCUUACCCGGCCUUAUAUAGCCCGACCCCCAAGUGCGGCGGAGAAUCAGUAUCAUAAUCCUGCGCAAAUUCACUCCCCGACUGUCGGCUCCCCUGACCAUCACAAGCCUCUGCCACCUCCUCCUGGGCGCCUCGCACCCGUCCCAGCAAGCUCUUGCGCCUCUACCGUCUCCCCCUCCAGCUCCGCCAAUUCCCCAAGCUACCAGAAUCAACCCACACCGUUAGACAACCAGACAUGGCAACAGCCGAACCACCCUGCUUAUGCAGGAUUUCCUUCCAGUCAAAAUUUUCAGGCGUCGUCCUACUCGGCCUCAGCACAUGCAACCGAAGCCAGCUCAGGGCUUCCCCAAAGCAUGAGUCCUCCACCUCCCGUCCAGCAGCUUCCGCCUGCAGAGCAACCUUGGCCCCAGACCUUGCCAAACGAGCAUGGAACUGCUCCGCCAGUACCACCCAAGACCGGUCCUAACAUGUUCCCAGCCAAUUAUGGCUUCGGGUCUGGAACCCCGUCAGAUUGGGAGUACCUGGCACCUACUCCCGGGACAGGAGUGGGCGUGGAGAUAUCCGAACGCAAGCAGAACCAUCCAAUCAUUUCCUCGACUGUAGCCGACUCACUUCCAAGUCAGCCGGCUUCCUUCCCGCCUGAAUUGGGUAACCAAUGCUCUGUAUCUACUCCACCAACAACGACAUCACCUUCUGCGCAGCCUGAAUACCCUCAGCAGCAUCAUGACAGUGGGUCACCAGUUAGUCCAAGCACUACGCCGGAUAUGCGUGAUCCGCCCCUUCCUGCUAGGGUAAAUAGUAGCGGCACCGAAUACAGUAUUAUCUCGGCUACUGAAGCAUCUGAAAGUAUUGAUGGCGUUAUCGAAGCUUGGAAUCAACCAAUCACUCCACAGACCAAAUCCGCUGUCGAGCAAUCUCGGGAGGGUCUGGCCUCAGGGCCCGAAACCAGGUCCUCAACGCGGGGGUCGAGCCCUGUCGAUAUCGCACAACAGAAGCAGGAAUUCAAGGUUCCUCGGAAGGAGGUCCCGUCGCGCACGGCUACGCCCGCAUCGAGUAGUGCCGCUGGUGAAACUAGUGGUGGGAGACCGAACACAGCGAGCCCGCAGCCCAAACCACACGAACUCUACGAAGAUCUAGACUCCUGGUCCAAGUCAUCGUUGGCACGUUACGUAGCGAUGCUGCGAAAAGAGGAGGUUGCCGAUUCCGACGAGGAGCGCUUCAAGAUAUUCACGGCCUUCAUGGCCAAGGAAACAAAACUGCGUGAGAUCUUGUACAACAUCGAACCUGAACAGAGGAAGGAUCAAGAUGCGCCACAAUCGUUACCGAACCGGCAGAAUUCAACAUCUCCUCCUGUCGAGUCGGGCUUGAUUCCAGUCCAAUCAGAAGAGGGAUAUGAUGCGGAGAUUUCUUCUAACGAUGCCCUUGGGGAAUCAGAAGAAGGCCGCUAUAGUCCAGGAGGCCGUCCAAUUCUUCCUCGACUGCACACGCCCCAACCGUCGGGUUUGCACAGAUCAGCCUCGCAGCCUAAUGCCUUCAAGGCAAAGGUAAGCAGAGACUUCUCGUCGAAUGCUCAAAAUCCAAUCUCGCGGGCUACGUCCGUCCCGCCCUCCAUGAAUGACAAGACAUUCUCCCCGUUAGCAACAAACCCUCCGCAGCCUAUUUACACUCCCUUUCGAUACACUGAGGGCCCUCAACGUGGCUCUGAUGACCUUACCUUUGACCGCCCUGCGUACCAGGCAUACUCUGCGCUGCGUCAAGCGUCUGCCGAAAGUGGUCGUGUAAUGUCGAACGCGCCCAACGCACCGAAUCGGAACAGGUCGAGUACUGUGACGUCUUCAGUGGCUCAAAAAGACUUCGACGAAACUUUCAUCGGGCUUAUCCGAGAGAAAAGCGUCGCUUAUAGGAAUAAAUCUUCUCCAAGGACAUCUUCGCCCCCUCCACUACCGGCGGCUUUCAGGGAAGGAAAGACUGGUAGUCCGAUCGAUGACCUGCGUUCUAUGGUUUCAUCGCCAUUAGCUAAGCAGUCUGAAAGCUCAUGGCACGUUACAACCAGAAGGGAUUUGGAGAAAUACUCGGAUGACUUCAGCUACAUCCGCGAGGCCGUCAAUACUUGGGAGGCUUCAACCAAGAUUCGUCGCGAGAAGACUGACCGAGAGCGUAUGCGACGGCAGGAGGAGUCCGAGAAGCAUAUUGAUGACUUAUUCAACGAGAAGGAAAUUGGCUAUGCCGAUAUCAACGUUCUGGAAGAAGAGUUUCGCCAGAAAGAAGCGCGAGUGCAGCUGGACGAAGAGAGACAGGAGCUGGACGACUUCGUCACUAAGGUCUUCAAUCCGCUGGAUGAGCGUCUGAAGGGGGAAAUCUCCGCCCUUCAGGAUCAUUAUGGAUCCGCCCUCGCGCAACUCGACCAUGAAAACAGCAAGAUCAAGGACUCUGUUACCGACAAGUACAACCUGUCUCACACGAUGAAGAUCGUAAACGACAUCUAUCAGAAGCUCGAAAUACGCUAUUACAAGCGUCUUGAGAUCGCCCUGGACCGUGAGCGCCGCCGCAAGAAGGCAGAACGACGCCCACUGGUGUUCAUGGGAGAUUCUGCCGCUCUGAAAAAGUUGGAUGGAGAGUUUGAUCAGAUGGAGAAGCGAAAUAUACUCGAAGCAGCCAAGGAGCGAGACGAUCGGGCUAACAGGCUUAUGGAUACCUUUGACAACGCAAUCAUACUCGGACUAGGCGAGAACCAAAGUCUCUUGGAUGAGGUCACUGCCAAAGUUACACGGAUCGAUUCUGAGGCGAUCCGAUCAUCUGGUCUAGCAGUAACUGAGGUUGAACAGUUGUUGAAAUAUGUGUUCGCUCUGGUCGAAUCUUUGCGGCAGGAUUCCGAAUCCAUUCUGCACAGCUUUGGUGUCGCUGACACGGCCCUCAACAACGCGGAUUACAGUGUUUCUGUCGCUGAAGCUCGCUACUCCACCGCUGACCCUGAGAUCUUCCGCCGACUCGAUGACGAAAAGAAGAAGGAAGAUGCGAAGAUUCAGAAAGAUCUCCACUCGAAAAUGGAGAGCGUGCGAGUUGGUCCCUCCAAGAUCAUUGCUAAAAUUAAUGAUCUUCUUGAAUCGUUGGGCAAAACGCCAAUGGAAGAGCAGCCUAUGUCUUCCGAGACCAUUCCUGCUGUGCAUCCUAUGGAUGUCCUGCUUCCAGGUCCUCGUCCGCCUACAGUGACCCCCGGGCCCAGGAAGCCGGACGGACAUCCUGAGCAUCAGGAGCGGCUUCGGAAAGCUCUGGAGGAUGCGAAGAGGAGGAACGCUGCGAGGGGCAGUUCAUAA